GGCACAGAAGGGACAUUGAUUAUUGUUGCUGGUUUCAACGACCGGCGUUUCUCUUGUCUAACGCCGAAAAAGGGCCCACCAGCGCGAACAGCUCACGGUGGUACUUGUUUUUGUUGAAAUCGUGGUCUCCUGAAUCAUCUUCCUGAGAUCGUUGCCAUCUUCUCUAAGACGCGGCCGUCGCAACUGCCCGCCCGCGCCACACAACCCCUGGUGGCAAGGUGUAUCCCAUCGCUUUUAUCAUUUUUUGCUUUCUCUGCUUUUCUGGUUGACCGCGCAUCAACAUUUAUCGUUAUUAUCGUCGUCGUAUUGCGCCCCUUCACCAGCAUUUGUUCCUGACAGCAUGCGACGCCAGCUUUUUCGCCGCAGCGCCGUGCUGCUGCAGAUGGGCAUGGGUGGUGGUGCUGGAGGCAUGUCGUCCUCCAACACGCCGAUCCGCCCCAGUCAGACCGUCAGCUACACCAACGCGAUUCACGUGGAAGCAGAGCGACGCCGCAAGAUGGAGGAAGACACACGCAGCCGCUACUACGUCGUCAAGGAGGACAUCCGCGAGAAGCGUGGCACCGGGCGAAUGAUCGGCAUCGACCUCGGCACGACAAACAGCUGUGUCUGCUACAUCGACAACGCGACCAAGAGGCCGAAGAUCAUCCCGUCCCCGACCGGGUCUUGGGUCUUUCCGACUGCAAUUACCUUUGACAAAAACCACGAGAUCCGCAUGUUCGGCGAGGAGGCGCGGGCCUGCGCACGGACGAGCGCGAGUGCGACGCUCUGCAGCGGCAAGCGACUAAUCGGCCGCAGCUUCGGUGAGCUGGGCCGCGUGCAGUCUGACCUCAACAAGACGAACAUCCUCACGGUGAACGAGAAGGGCGAGGUGGCGGUUGAGAUUAUGGGCCGCACGUACACCGUCGUGCACAUCAUCGCCAUGUUUCUCCGGUACCUGAAAAGCGAAGCGGAGAAGUUUCUCGGCGAGGAGGUGCAGCUGGCGGUCGUGAGCGUGCCGGCGUACUUCACGCCACAGCAGAAGGUGGCGACGGAGGACGCGGCGCUGUGUGCCGGCUUCGACGUGCUGGAGAUCAUCGACGAGCCCUCGGCGGCCUGCCUCGCCUCCACCGUGCUGGAGCAGCUACGGCGCGAUGCAAACGAACAGACGACGGAGGAGCAGAGACCGGUGAAAGCAGCGGCAUCAGCAGCAGCGUCGUCCUCGGUGAAGAAGGACGCGGCGGACACGCUGGAGACUGCAUCUGCGCCGUCCGAUGCGCCGUCAAAGCGGUACAUUCGGUCUCUCGUCUUCGACCUGGGUGGCGGCACCUUGGACUGCGCCGUCAUGGAGCACGACUGCUACCGGCAGAAGUUUAACUUAGUCGCCACCCACGGCGACCCGAUGCUAGGUGGCAAUGACUGGGACACGGUGCUCUCCCAGCACUUCGCGAAGCAGUUCGAGCGCAAGUGGCACGUCCCGAUCGAGGAGGAGGAGGGCAACGUUGGACAGGGCGUGGCGGCUUUCCGCAAUUUAACCCUGGAGGCGGAGAAGGCCAAGAUCCACUUCACGCAUUCUACGGAGACGUACUACGGCUACAACCGCGCCUUCCACUUUUCGCAGAAGCUGCGCGAUAUCGUACCGCUGGAGGCGACGCUGACGCACGAGGAGUAUGUCUCCCUGACCCGUCCGCUGCGCGUGCGCUGUCUGCAGUGUGUCGAGAAGCUCUUCGAGCACACCGGCUUCACUGCGGCAGACAUCGACCGCAUCUUGCUCGUCGGCGCCAUGACCCGCGACCCUCCGAUUCGUCACAUGCUGCAGGAGUACUUCGGCAAGAAGGUCGCGCAGGAGGACACGUGCCCGGCAGACUACGCCGUGGCCCUCGGCGCUGGCAUUCGCGGUGGCAUGUUGCAGGGCAGCUUCCCCGAGCUGACGGCGAACACGCGCUUUGUGAGCGGCACCGUCCAGUCGCUCCGGGAGGGCGGCGGUGUGCUGCGGCAACUGUGGCGCAGCGUGCGGCGGCUUACGAGCACCGCCAACCCGAACGCGAUCGGCACGCGCUGGCGUGGACGGGCCAAAGGACUCGUGGAUGAGGAGAUCGCGAACUAUGCGAAGGAGCUGGUGGAGUUCGAGGCCGCCUGCGCCCGCCGCCUGCUGCUCGAGCGGGCGGAGAGUGAGGCGAACUUUGUCAUGCGCCGUGUGUCGGCCGACUCAAACCGGAAGCAGGGCAUGCAGGAGCGGCGCAUUAUGCAGCUGAGUGAGCAGCUGAAGUUUUGGCAAUACAUGGUGCACAACUUCCACGAUCAUGAAGAGGAGCUGCUGCGGGUGGUGCGGCAGCUGCAGGUGGCGCUGGACGAGUUGGACGGGCUGGCGGCCGACAACGUGCAGGGCAUAACGAACCAGGGCACGAUUGACUUCUCCAAGACGGUGGCGAAAACGCUGCGGAGUAUGUCGGGUAAAGGUACCACCGCAGCGGAGGAGGGGGAAGAGGACGAGGAAGAGGGCGAGCGCGCUGGUGUCACACGUGCAAAGGCAUCGUCCGCGGAGACGCAAGAGCCGUCGCCCCUUUCGUCCUCAUCUUCCAACUCGCCGCCGCCCAAAAUAUUGCGUCGCCGUGCCCCAUUGCCGGCUGCCGCGGCCGCUGCGCAGUCGCUCGUCGAGGCCGGCCACCCAGCCCUCCUCAACGCGGACAUCGAAGUCGCCGAGUCGGCGCGGAACUCGUUUCUGCAGGCGCAGGUGGAAGAGCGCGCGUGGCACGAGCCCCCCGCCCCACCCGGCGAGGCAGGCUCGUGGACGGAGGUGAAGGCGGCCGUGGACGCUGGGGAAGUCGUUGGGGCCCCCGUGCCGUGGAAAGAUCUGCUGCGGCCCAUGACCAUGACGGAGAUGCAGGAGAUGCUGGAGAAGUACUACGCGAUCGACGCCCCACCGACGCCCGAGCAUGCGGCGAAGCGGGAUGAGGCGACGGACCUGCAGUCCAUGACCAUCGUGCGGGGUGCGGUCGACAUGGCCGCCAUUGAGGCAGGUCUGGCGAGGCAUGAGCAGGAUGUGGCGGCGGCGGCGAAGGAGGAGGAGCGCAGCACGAAGGAGCACAAUCGCGAGCUGUCCGCGCGCAUGUAUCGUUGA